AUGUCCUUCCCGACGAAGCCCAUCGCCAAACUAACCGGUCACGGCGGCAUCGUUCACGCUGUCGCCUACUCCUCAGGUUCCCAAACAUACAUCCUCACCGGCUCCUCCGACCGCACAAUUCGUCUCUACAACCCAUCGAAAGCGCCGCCUACCUCGACCGCUCCCACACCAUCUGCGCAACGGCCUCCAGGUCUCGUGAACAAAUACACAGCGCACGGCUACGAAGUCCUCAGCAUUGACGUCAACUCAGCCAACGACAAGUUUGUGAGCACAGGCGGCGAUAAAACAGUCUUUCUUUGGGAUGUGCAAACAGCGCAGACGGUACGCCGAUGGACUGGUCAUGCCGGGCGUGUGAACCGUGGUGUCUUUGGGGGCGAGGGCGAUAGCAUCAUAGCCACGGGCUCAUUUGACGGUACGGUCAGGAUCUGGGACACCAAGUCCAACGCAUACAAACCCAUCAUGACACUUUCCGACGCCAAAGACAGCAUUUCUGAUGUCGCGAUACACGACGCGGAUAUCCUGGCUGCGAGCGUGGAUGGUCGUGUAAGGAGUUAUGAUCUCAGGAUGGGCACGUGUCAGGUCGAUGUCGUAGGACCGAGUUGUACGAGUCUGGCUGUUAGUAAGAAGGGCACUGAGGUUUUGGUUGGUUCACUCGACUCUACUGUGAGGCUCAUGGAUCGGACGAAUGGGGAGCUGCUUAAAGCGUACAAGGAUGACGCUUUCGUAAAUAAGGAUCUGAGAGUCAGGAGCACGCUAGGUCUGAACGAUAGCGUGGUUGUUAGUGGUAGUGAUGACGGCAUGGUGUUUGCAUGGGAUAUGUUGGAGGGGACGUGUUUGCACAAGUUCAAGCAUUCCGAGAUGCGAGAAGUAAGAGGUGUGGCGCCCAUAGUGCCGACGAAAGUGAAGAAGGAUGUAGUAUCCGUUGUUGCUUUCUGCAAGACAAGGCGGGAGUGGUGUAGUGGCGGUGGCGAUGGCAAUGUCAUUGUCUGGGGCAUGGGAAGCUGA